AUGCCCGGCGGCGCUGCGCCCCCGCCCUCCGGGGCUACAGACUUGACAUCGCGCGUCGAAGCGCCCGUGACCCUCAAGGCCUACCUGAUGUGCGUCUUCGCGGCCUUCGGCGGCAUCUUCUUCGGCUACGACUCGGGCUACAUCUCGGGCGUCAUGGGCAUGGAGUACUUCAUCCACGUCUUCGAGGGCGCCGGCGCGACCGCCCUCCCCGCCUGGAAGAAGUCGCUCAUUACAUCCAUCCUAUCGGCGGGCACCUUCUUCGGCGCGCUCAUUGCCGGCGACCUGGCCGACUGGAUCGGACGGAGGGUAACGGUAAUCCUGGGCUGUCUCGUGUUUAUUGUGGGCGUGGUGCUGCAGACGGCGAGCGCCGGGUUGGGAUUGAUCGUGGCCGGGCGGUUGGUCGCCGGCUUUGGGGUCGGGUUUGUCUCGGCCAUUAUUAUCCUGUACAUGUCCGAGAUUGCGCCCAGGAAGGUCAGGGGCGCGAUCGUGUCCGGAUAUCAGUUUUGUAUCUGUGUCGGCUUGUUACUGGCCUCGUCGGUGGAUUAUGGCACCCAGGAGAGGAACGACAGCGGCUCGUACCGGAUUCCCAUUGGACUGCAGAUGGCGUGGGCCAUGAUUCUGGCUACAGGCCUGUUCUUCCUGCCCGAGUCGCCAAGGUUCUUCGUCAAGAAGGGCCAGCUGGACAAGGCGGCGGCUACGCUGGCCAGACUCAGGGAUCAACCGGUUGAGUCUGCCUACAUCCAGGAUGAGUUGAUGGAGAUUGUGGCCAACCACGAGUUUGAGAUGAGUGUCAUUCCCCACGGCAACUACUUCCAAAGCUGGGCCAACUGCUUCAGAGGCUCGCUGUGGGACUCGAAGAGCUACCUGCGGAGGACUGUUCUGGGAACUUCAAUGCAGAUGAUGCAGCAGUGGACCGGCAUCAACUUCGUCUUCUACUUUGGCACGACCUUCUUCCAGCAGCUGGGCACCAUCCAAAACCCCUUCCUCAUCUCUCUCAUCACAACCCUCGUCAACGUCUGCUCGACCCCGGUGUCAUUCUACACCAUGGAACGCCUGGGCCGGCGGCCACUGCUGAUAUGGGGUGCCCUGGGCAUGUGUAUCUGCGAGUUCAUCGUGGCCAUCAUCGGGACCUGCUUGCCGGACAAUGACAAUGCUGUCAAGGCCAUGAUUGCCCUGAUCUGCAUCUACAUCUUCUUCUUUGCCACGACAUGGGGACCUGGCGCGUGGGUUGUCAUUGGCGAGAUCUUUCCGCUGCCGAUGCGCGCGAAGGGUGUUGCGCUGUCGACGGCGUCCAAUUGGCUGUGGAACUGCAUCAUCGCCGUCAUCACUCCCUAUAUGGUGGAUCCCGACAAGGGAAACCUCGGCGCCAAGGUGUUUUACAUCUGGGGCAGUCUGUGUGCCUGCUGCUUCGUCUAUGCCUACCUGCUGAUCCCGGAGACCAAGGGCUUGACGCUCGAGCAGGUCGACCAGAUGCUGUCGGAGACGAAUCCGAGGACCAGCGCCAAGUGGGUGCCGCACAGCACCUACGCGGGCGGCGAGGUGAAGACAGAGAAGGAAGUCGGGCAUGUCGAGAUGACGGACCGCGAGAGUGUAUAG